AUGGGGGGCCCCCCUCUCCCGCAUCUAUUUGGGGUGUAUGGUGAGCUCGCAGAAGAAGAAGAAGCUGCGUAUACACCUGAAUACAAAGACAGAAACAAAAACAAAAAAAAAGAAAAAGAAAAAGAAACAAAAAGACAAGACCCAUGGAGCGGAGACGAAACUGAAGAGGAACCCUUUUUUGCUCUGCAGCAGCAGCUGCAGCAGCAUCUGGAGCGGCGGCAGCAGCAGCAGCAGCAGCAACAGCAGCAGCAGCAGCAGCAGCAGCAGCAGCAGCAGCAGCAGCAAGGUUUGUCUUGCGGCUCUUUGGAGGCAUUCUGCUCUCCUGCUGUUCCUCCCGUUUGGCGAAACCGGCUAUCGCAGUUGAAGCAGCAGCAGCAGCAGCAGCAACAGCAGCAGCAGCAACAGCAGCAGCAGCAGCAGCAGAAGCAGCACCAGGGUUCGCAGCAGCAGCGGCUGUUGCAGCUGCAGCAGACUGCUGCUGAAGUUGAGGCGUCGCUGGUCAGAGCAGCGCAGCAGCGGGAGCGCAACCGCAGAGCAGCAGCAGCAGCAGCAGCAGCAGCAGCAACAGCAGCAGCAGCAGCAGCAGCAACAGACAGCAGCAAACAAGGAGACACAGAACGUGCUGCUGCGUCUUCAUGCUUUACAUUUUUGUUUUGUUGA